AUGGCCUUCGGGGACGGCCUCCGGAAAGGGUUCGUCGCUGCCGCUGGCAUCGCGGCCGACCUCCGGACCUGCUCAGUGGCCGCCACUGCCUUCCGAGCGGUCGGCCUCCAGAACUUCAUGCCUGAAAAGACAUCAGAUAACUUUUUCCAUCGCUUUCGAGAUUUGAUUCCGAGAAAACGCACAGGUGGAGAUGCAGACACAUUGCAUAUCGCACAGAGACCCAGAGAUUAUGCUGUGCGACUCCCACCUUUACCUAUGCAAUGCGCAGACUCUCCACAGAGAGUCCAGAGAAGCUGGAAAAUAAGUCCCUGGUUGGAUGACCCCUUUUGGAAUCAGGAGGACCCUAAAAGAAGUCUGUGUAGCCUCAGCUCUGCAGACACACACACACCAAGUGAUCUGAGGGCCAUUCCUUUCAUUGUUAGUCCUGUUGAGAUGACACCGCUCACUCCAGUUCCUCCACCUCCUCGAGCAGCUUGUCCAUCGCAAUUGCGGUUCAAAGACACGAAGGUCAUUCGUGGAAUAAGAGUCUUGACAGCAAAAGACAAAUUUGGGCCUAUUUUGGAAAAACUGCAGCAUUUCCAGGAUGGGAUUGUAACCUCACCUGGACACACAGUACCAACCAAAACAUUUACUGCAGUAAAGCCUUUGACUCCAAAACCUCCAACAGUUCCCAUACCGCAAAAACGAGGACCUCGGCCUGGGACGCUGCUGCGCCGUGCAAAAGUCGUCCCUAUAGACGACAAGAAAGCAGACAGUCAGUGCAGUCAGAAUAAUCCAAGAGAGAGCAGGGUCAAACUCCCGC